GCUCCAUUCAAAAACACGAAACCCAACCCUUGCCAAGCCGUAUCAUCCACCAACAGCCAACAGCUACAACGCAGAUACAAGAAUCAAUCAAUCAAUUACGCAACCACAAACAUAAAAUGUCCACCUAUCAAUCUACAGAGAUUUUUGCUCGCCUUAACGAAGCUCUGGAUGCAUUCUCACCCUCGGAGCGCCAAGAUCUAGUCAAGCAGGUUAACGGUAUCUUUGAGUUCCACAUCAAGAAGGACAAGUCGCCAAAUGCAGAAGUCAAGAUUUGGCAUGCUGAGGUCAAGAACAAAGGUGUCAUCAACGAAGGCCCUGCUCCUAGUACUCCUGACAUUACACUCUUUCUCACAGACGAGGACAUGGUUGCGUUAGCUGUCGGAGAUCUUUCGGGCGCACGUGCUUUCAUCACCGAUAGAAUUGGAUUGAAAGGUCCCAUGAUGAUGGCUAUGAAACUCGAUGUGAUCUUCCGUUCCCUCGGCAUGGGCCCUCCAAAAGGCGCGGAGGGUGAUCUUGGUUACGAUGGAUUUGAAUCCAGCUUCCUUAUUCUUCAGAUAUAUGAGUAUCUCCAGGUGCUAUCGGAUGAGGAGCGCAAGGCCGAGGUGGCCAGGGUCAAGGGUGUCUUCUUAUUUAAUGUUAAGAACAGCAAAGGUGACACGGCUGUUUGGACGAUGGAUAUGAAGAAUGGUAUCGGUCAGAUGAAAAAGGGUAAGAUUGAAGGUCUCAAGCCUGAUAUCGUGCUUGAAAUGAAGGACAAGGACUUUGUUGAUCUCUUUAUGGGCAAGACCAAUGGUCAAAAGGCUUUUAUGACCGGCAAGAUCAAGGUCAAAGGUGCUAUCAUGCUUGCUCUCAAGCUUGACACCAUGAUGAAGGACACACAAGAGAAGAUUGGUUUCUUUGGACAGAAGCAAGCCAAGCUGUAAUAUAUUUUUUAUUUUUAUAUUUUUUUAAACCAG